CAGACCCACGGCCAUAGCCGCGGUGCCCCAGGCGACGGCACGAUGCCCCUGCAGGACGACGCCCUCCGGGAGGUGUGGGCCUCGGACAGUGGGCACGAGGAGGAAGGUCCCAGUCCUGAGGCUGAGCGGCGCCCCAAGCAGCGACCCGCAGCUGGGCACAAGUUGAAGAAGAGGAGCGAGGCUCCUAGAUCCCCCGGCGCCCAGGGAUCCAAGCCUCGGAGAGCUGGAGGUGGGCGGGGAGGGGCGGGGCGGAGUGGGCAUCCGCGGGAGAAACCCGCUCCCGACCCCGAGCAGCCCAGCGGGCCCCAGCGGAGCAUCUACACUAAGUUCCUCCGAGACCCCGAGGCCAAGAAGCGGGACCCCCGGGAAACCUUCCUGGUAGCCCGCGCUCCAGGUGCCAAAGACGCAGAGGAGGAGCAGGAGGAAGAGGAGGAGGAGGAGGAAGAAGAUAACGGGGAUGCUGAUGAGGAGGAACCUCCCAAGAGGACCAGGGAGAAGACUUCUGCGGCUCCCAAGGAGAGGAAAGCCAAGGCCCAGGGAGACCUGAAAAGCCCUGAGCUGGUGACCAAAAAGAAACCCCUUCGUGCUAAGAAGAAGGAAGCCUCAGCCGGGGAGGGGACGAGAAUGAGAAAGGCCAAGAAGAAAGGGUCCGGGGAGGCUGUCAAGGACCCCCCAGCCAGCCCGGCAUCCAUGAAGAAGAGCCCUGUGGCCUUGUUUCUGGUCGGCGAGAGUGGCUCCACCAACAGAGCUGGGAAGAAGCAAGAUAUGCCCAAGAGCCCAGAAGAGGAGAAGGAGGAAGACAGCGAGAACGAGGAGGCUGCAGCCGUGGCAACCAAAAACAGCAAUCAGAAGGGUAGAGCCAAAGGGAAAGGCAAAAAGAAGGAGGAGAGGCCCGUGUCUCCCCCCGUGGAGGUGGACGACCCUCAGGAGUUUGUGCUACGCCCCGCACCCCAGGGCCGGACAGUGCGCUGCCGGCUGACCAGGGACAAGAAGGGCAUGGAUCGGGGCAUGUACCCCUCCUACUUUCUGCACCUGGACACGGAGAAGAAGGUGUUCCUCUUGGCUGGCAGGAAACGGAAACGGAGCAAGACCGCCAACUACCUCAUCUCCAGCGACCCCACCAAUCUGUCUCGAGGAGGGGAGAAUUUCAUCGGGAAGCUGAGGUCAAACCUCCUGGGGAAUCGCUUUACCGUCUUUGACAAUGGGCGGAACCCGCAGCGUGGAGGCAGCAGUGCAGACGUAGCGAGCCUUCGGCAGGAGCUGGCAGCCGUCAUCUACGAAACUAACGUGCUGGGAUUCCGUGGUCCCCGACGCAUGACAGUGAUCAUUCCAGGCAUGAGUAUGGACAACGAGAGGGUCCCUAUCCGGCCCCGAAACGCCAGUGAUGGGCUGUUGGUGCGCUGGCAGAACAAGACGUUGGAGAGCCUCAUUGAGCUACACAACAAGCCACCCGUGUGGAAUGAAGACAGCGGCUCCUACACACUCAACUUCCAAGGCCGCGUCACGCAGGCCUCCGUCAAGAACUUCCAGAUCGUCCAUGCGGAUGACCCUGACUACAUCGUGCUACAGUUCGGCCGCGUGGCGGAAGACGCCUUCACUCUCGACUACCGGUACCCACUGUGCGCCCUGCAGGCCUUCGCCAUUGCUCUCUCCAGCUUCGACGGGAAGCUGGCCUGCGAGUGACCCCUGCCGCCCCGCGCGCCACCCCACCCCCCACUGGCCCGCCAGCCGCCAGCGAGAGCGAGGGAUCCGGCUCAAGGGAAGUCCCAUAGGGCCCCUCCAACUGCAGCCUCGAUGGGAGACCCCCCUCCUCUGUUAGGGGGCUGAGCCCUCCCUGCCGCCUGGCGACCUCCGAUCCUCGCCCCAGCCUGGCACAACCCCCGGCAGGAGGGACUCGGGCGGUCUCCCCGGACAGAGACGAAGAACAUCUGGAGUGGCCACAGCACAUCUGGCCGCAGAGUCCGCCUGCGCCGCGCCCCAGUCACUUCCUGUCGGGAGCAGUAGUCGGUGUUGUCUUAACCCGCCUCCCCCUCCGCACCCUUACUCCUGGACAACACGAGGCCGAGGAGUCGGGACCGGGUGGUGGGAGGGGAGCCUGGGUGACCGGGCUAGGGCAAGACGCCCGUGUCCCCCAAUAAAGCCGUGCUCCCGGCUGA